CAGGAAGAAGAAGAAGAAGAAGAAGAAGAAGAAGAACAACAUCCUGGUGCUGCUUCCAUAUCAUAUCCACAUAGAUUUAUCUAUGCCAUAUCCAGCGACAUUCGGGCGACAGUGUCACCGUGUUUACUGAAGUGCUACCCGGGCGGUUUUAAAUCGAACCGCCGCAAGAGUGGCUAUGGCUACCAAGAAAAGAAGUCUUUCCCGUGACAACGGGGAGCGGGACGGAUGGCUGCUCCCUCACAAGCAGCUCAAGGCGGAUGGCAAGCGACACGUAGCUGCCUUGAUUCUGGCGAGGGGAGGAAGCAAAGGAAUCCCUCAAAAAAACAUCAAAAAGUUAGCUGGAAUCCCGCUGCUUGGAUGGGUGCUGAGGACUGCUGCGGACUCCGAUGUGUUUGACAGUAUUUGGGUAUCAACUGACCAUGAUGAGAUCGAGAAGGUGGCAAAAUCCUGGGGUGCCCAGGUGCACCGCAGGAGUCCUGAAGUCUCCAAAGACGCUUCCACGUCUCUGGAAACCAUCAGGGAGUUUCUCGAACAAAGAAAAGAAGUGGAGGUGAUCUGUAACAUUCAGGCCACUGCCCCGUGUCUCCAUCCGUUCCAUGUGAAAGCGGCCCUGAAGAUGAUCACGGAGGAGGACUUUGAUUCGGUCUUCUCGGUGGUCAGGAGACACCAGUUCCGCUGGAAGGAGGUCAAAGAAGGAUCUGGUGAGUUGACCGCCCCGUUGAAUCUGGACCCGGCCAAGCGUCCGCGGCGUCAGGACUGGAACGGAGAGCUGGUUGAGAACGGCUCCUUUUACUUCGCCACUAGAGAGCUAGUGGAGAACAACCUUUUGCAGGGCGGUAAGGUAGCCUACUACGAGAUGACGCCAGAGUACAGCGUGGACAUCGACGUGGACAUCGACUGGCCUGUGGCAGAACAGAGGGUUCUCAGGUAUGGUUACUUUGGCAAGGACAAAUCUUUUAGCCUCUGGUGGAUCAUCAGACAAUGGAUUUACAAGAUGUGGCAUUGGAUGGGAUGGUUACUUUGGCCAGGACAAAAGUAAUGAAGAAUCUUUUAGCCUCUUGUGGAGCAUCGGAAAAUGGAUUUACAAGAUGUGGCAUAGAAGGGUAAAACGUCUACAUGCAUCUGGAUCAACAUUUUGUCAACAUUUGAAAAAACUUAAAACCACAUCAAUGCGUUGGCCAGACUUUUAUCUCUAUUGUGAUGAUGAGAGGAGGAGGAGGAGAGGAAGGAAGGAGAAGUGUUAUUUCUCAGCUAACAUGAUGUAAUGAUGGACUAACUGACCAACUGACUGACUCCUAACUGACUUCAAACUUAAUCACCAAGCUAUGAAAAGCCGUUUUUGGUCUUCUCUACACUUUUCCAACCAUCACAACUCUAGUGGUGGUUGAAAUAAACACAUAGGUUACCGAUUUACAUGUGGAAAUAUGUUGGCUCUAUUCACACUAAAAGUACUAUUUUUUUGAAUGGAGUCCGGGAGGAUAUUUUUGGCACGAACACUGUUAGCUAGCUAGCGCUAACGGAGAUGUAGCUGGCUAGCUAACAUUGGCUGCUCCUGUGACUCGGAUGUUUUAAAUCGGACGCUUCAUUAAACUUCGUCAGAAGAGGGAUUCUUCCAUCUAUCUAUCUCUGAAGGGUAAAGACUCACAAGUGUAAGCAAAACUAGUGUAUUAGCUAUAUAUGGCUAACGCUCGCGCGGCUAAAACCUUCCAAACUCCAUGUAAAUAAACAGUAAUUUUAGCAUCUUAAAACACACUUCCCAGCAAACAUUUGGACGUUUCAUGACCGUUGAAAAGACGUCCGUCCGAGACGUCCCGUCAUGGUUGAAAAAUAGUUCCAAAAUGAAAGUUGAACUUGGCCGUGAAUUCCACGUCUUUUCUGCGCGUCCCUGGACGUCAGAAUUAGUCUUCUUCUGGAUGUUUAUAAGGUGUGUUUCUGCAUAAGUGUAGGCUAUAUAUAAGCCUGCAUAUAAAAUAAUCAUACACCCAUUGUGUUAAAUCGUGAACGGCGAUCUUGACGUUUACACAUCUAAACUUGACAAAGGUUCUAAAAAGGUCCAAAAUCGGUCCAGUCAUACCUGAACGUCUAUAACACGUUAUAAUCACGUGUAGAUCAAACAACACUUUACUUAUACAUUUAAGUUCUUAUUAAUAUAAUUAAUUGCAUCUAAAUAUAGGGUUAAGGUUUGUUGCAUGUAAUUAUGCAUAAUUUAUAGUUAUUACAGUAACUACAUGUAACAAGGACCCUGUAAAAUAAAGUGUUCUUAUUUUCA